AUGGCGGGAGCCUCCGACCCGCUGGAGGACAUGCUCUUCAACCAAGUGGACGAGAAGGCGGUCAGCGACUUAGUUGGCUCUCUGGAAUCGCAACUGGGGGAGUCCGAGGGCCCCGCCGCGGCCGCCGACGGAGCUCCCGCCGCCGUGUCCGGAGCUCCGUCCGCCACCGCCGUCUCCGGAGCUCCGUCCGCCGCCUCUCACUUCUCAGGGAAAGUGCGCGACCAAGAGCCGCAACAAGGACACCCGGGGGCGGCUUUAAAACUCCAGCCUCCCGCCGCUCACGUCCUCCCUUCCUCUUCUGCGACGUCCGGCGGCGCAACCGGUUUGCCCCCGUUCGGGCCGGCUGUUCCGAGCUCCGCUGUCCCCGCGCCGGGAGUGCAAACUUUGAGCGGGCAGCCCGCCGCGGCCGACGCCGGCGGGAGAACGGCUUCGCCCGGCUUGCAAAGUUUGAACGGCGCCGCCAAGUUGCUCAACUCUGCCGGCGCAAACACCGGCUCGCCGGCGGUCAUGGCCGCCGCGCCGGCCAACUUACAGUCCGCUGUUCCCGCUGUCCCUAGCAGCGCCGCUCAGAAUGGCCUGGAGCCCAAAGCGGGGGUCUCCCCGGGUACACCUUCGCCGAACCAUGGCAAGAUACUCGUGACGGGUCAGCCCGCUGCCGGGAACUCUGUCAUCCUUACCGGCACCCCGCCGCCACCGUCAGUCGCCAAGCCGGCCGUGAAUGGGCCGGUCCAAGCUACCGUCAGACCGGCCGCCACCGUCCAGCCGCCGAGACCUGGUCCGGCGGUCGGCCCUCGGCCCCCGUUGGCCCUGCGCCCCCAGCAGCCGGCCACCAUCCAGCUGCCUCCCGGGUUCACCAUGCCCGCAGGUAUGGUUCUGGUUCGCAUCGAGACGGGUCAGCUGGUCAUGGUACCGCAGCACGUGCUGGCCCAAGCUCAGGCCAAGACGCAGCAAAGUCCUGCCGUGACCGCCGUCCCUCAGCGAGCCGCCGCGCCCGCCCCCGUCCGGACGGUCCCCGCUGUUUCGGCUCCUCGCGUGCCCCCGGGUAGCAUCCGCCUGGCCGCGCCUACUCAGACCGGACAGCUUCAGGUUCCUCCCACCUCAUCGUCCACGAUCCAGAACGCCGUCACGGUGACAUCGGGCGCCAUCCAGGCCAAGCCGGCGGAGGCCGUCAAGCCUGCACCGGCGACCGCCGGCAGAGUGACGGUGGUUUCGCAGGAAAUGCAGGAAAAUGUCAAGAAGUGCAAAAACUUCCUGUCCACGCUCAUCAAGUUGGCGUCCAACAACGCUCCCUCGCCCGAUACCUCCAAGAACGUCAAAGCGCUGGUUCAGGACCUCCUGGACGCAAAGAUCGAGCCCGAGGAGUUUACCAGUCGCCUGCAGGCGGAGCUAAAGUCGUCCCCGCAGCCCUACCUCAUCCCCUUCCUGAAGAAAAGUCUUCCCGCCUUGCGUCAGUCCUUCAUCAGCAGCCAGCAGUCUCUGAGCACGCCCCCGCCCGUCGCCGCCGCCGCCAUCAGGCCACGCCUACCCGUCGGGACCCCCGGCGUCCGGCUGAAUGCGCCACUUGUUAAUGUGGCAACAGGUCGCGGCGGCAUGCAGACUCUUCGGCCCCCCCUGGUGGUGGGCGCUAGAACUCCGGGCGUGACAAUGCGAGGACCGGUUGUCGCUGGCAAGAGCGCGGUCGCGUUGGUGGCGCCGUCCAAUCAGAAGAAGCCGGGAGACCCGGGGGGCGGGACUUUCAGGGACGACGACGACAUCAACGACGUGGCCUCCAUGGCGGGCGUCAACCUGAGCGAAGAGAACGCCCGCAUCUUGGCCACCGGCUCCGAGCUGGUGGGCACCAAGAUCCGCUCCUGCAAGGACGAGGCCUUCCUGCCCGCCGGACCGCUGCACCGACGCAUCGUCGACACAGCCCGCCGGCUGGGCGUGAGCGAAGUCCCCCCGGAGGUGCUCAACUUGGUGUCGCACGCCACGCAGUCGCGACUGCGCUCCCUGCUGGAGAAAGUGUCGGCGCUGGCGCAGCACCGAUCGGACGCCAUCAAGGACGAAGAGCGUCACGAGCAGACGAACGACGUCCGCUCACAGCUGCGCUUUUUCGAACAACUGGAACGUCUGGAAAAGCAGAGGAAGGACGAGCGCGAGAGAGAGAUUCUGCUGAAAGCCGCUAAGAGUCGAGCGCGGCAAGAAGAUCCCGAGCAGGCUCGCCUCAAGCAGAAGGCCAAAGAGAUGCAGCAGCAGGAGUUGGCCCUAAUGCGCCAACGCGACGCUAACCUCACGGCGCUGGCCGCCAUCGGGCCCAGGAAGAAACGCAAGAUGGACUCGCCGGGCAGCACCCCAACCUGUUCGGAGGUGUCGUCGAGCGCGGCGGCCACGGCGGCGUCGCCGCGACAGCCUUGGCGCCAACGCGUCACCAGAGUCAACCUCAGGGACUUGAUCGUGUGUCUGGAGCAGGACGGCAGCACCGCGCGCUCGCUCACGCUGUACAAGGCGCUGCUCAAGUGA